UGGUUAAUUUUAAAGUUGGCUUCGGAGGGAGUCAUCAUACAAUUAAUUUUCAACGACUGCGGUGUAAUCGUGUGAAGUGAAGUUUGGAGUUAUGCUGAUGGUCAUCUAAUAGAGGAUUUUGAGGUUUAUUGACAAAUCCCGGAAAUAGUGUACGGAACAUUUCAGUGAAAUUAGAACAGUGAAGAUGUCACUUUCAUUAUUGGCAUCAUAUGACGACUUGAUAAGAUGUUCAACAGUAUUGGCACAGAGUAGCUGUGAGCCUGAAUUCAUCCGCUUUGCCCUGAAUCAAGAAGGAUGUCGGCAGAAGUGGUUGGCUGCUGUGCUGGAAGCACAGAGACUGCAAGCGGAACUGGAGAAGGCAAAUCAAAACAACACUGUCUUAGAAGCAAAAUUAAAGCAUGCUCGCCUGAUGCUGGAUAAGGAGAAGAAGAAGCGCCUUCUAGCUGAGGGCAGCAGUGCUGCUAUGGAAAAGAAGUUAAACCUUGUGAGGGAUCUUGUUUUUGUUGAGGGUUGUGGAAAGAUAAAUGAUGAAACAAAAGAGAAAUUAGGAUUUUUGAACGUGACUACCAACAGUUUUGCUGGAUAUGAUGAAGUUGCGGGAGGCCAUGACACAGCUCCAAGGCUGCACACAAUCAGUGAGGCAAUGGAUUCAACAGGCUCACUGUUGUCUGACUUAAGCUACUCACGUUCUGAAGAUGAUUUGGAUUCCACUCUGACACGAUGUGGAAAAGUUUGGAAAAAACAUAGACCCUCUCUAACAGCAGGUGAUGACCCACCAAGUGCCAAGAGGCGACGUUCUGCUGUAGAGAAAACCAUUCAGUUUGAUGGGAUGGGAAUGAAUGCAGAAACGGUGGUGGCAACAACAACGCUGACGGUAGGAAAGGAAGGUGGACCCAUCAAGGCGUCGGCCAAGCUGGAGGCAGUUCCGAGCAGUGAACCUCGCAACAUCGGCAGCAGUAAGCAAGAAGAGGUCAAAAACUGGCGCAAUGUGGGCGUCCCAUAUGUCUCAUUGGUACCAUCUGCUCCCAGACAAUGUACAGAUUCUUCUGAAUCAGAUGAACAUGGUUGGGGCUCAAAUCAGAUGACUCCACUGACAUCCAGAAAUACAAAUAUGAGCUCUAAUGUUCGUGGGGGCCACUCUCUUGGUUUGAGCAACAAGCUCAAAGUCCGUACGCAUGAUUUCUGCACUAAGACCAUCAUCUACCCGGAAAAUUGUGGCCCCUGUGGUAAGAGAAUGAAAUUUGGAAAAUUGGCCAUGAAAUGUCGGGAUUGUCGAACAUCGUGUCACCCCGAAUGCAAAGAACAGGUGCCUUUACCAUGUGUGCCAGUGGGCAACACCCCUACUCGAGGAGGGGGUGCCAUGGGAACCAUUGCUGAUUAUACCCCACAUACAGCCCCCAUGAUCCCAUCGAUCAUAGUUCAUUGUGUCAAUGAAGUUGAGCGCCGUGGUCUUAAUGAAGCUGGCAUCUACAGGUUAUCAGGGGCAGAUAAAGAUGUCAAGGGUCUGAAGGAGAAAUUUCUUCGUGCUAAGGGAGUUCCAAACUUGUCAAAGAUAGAUAUCAAUGUAGUGUCUGGUGCCAUCAAGGAUUUCUUACGUUCAUUACAUGAACCUCUGCUCUCAUACACAUUAUGGCACGAUUUUGUAAAAGCUGCAGAGAAUUCUGAUCCAGACGAUGCCAGGGCUGCCAUGUUCCAAGCCAUAUCCGAGCUCCCACAACCAAACAGGGAUACUCUUGCUUUCCUUAUCAUGCACCUGCAAAGGGUAGCAGCAUCCCCUGACUGUAGAAUGCCAGCGUCUAACAUCGCAAAAGUAUUUGGUCCAACUAUUGUGGGGUACUCAAGGACAAACCCUUCACCAGUUGACAUACUGCAUGAAACUAAGAGGCAGCCAGCUGUGAUUGAGCAUCUGUUGAGCAUUCCGAGUGACUACUGGGCCAACUUUGUGAAUGUGGGCACUGCGGUGUCCAUAUAUCCACAAAUUGAACAUUAUCUCACACCUUCACCAGAGCGUUUGAAUCCGCCUGUGGGCAGUGCUUCAAGGAGUGGCUUUACGCCCGCAUCCAGUACUUUUCGGAAGAGGAGCAAGAAGUUUUUUGCCGCUCCGCCAAUUACAAAAUAAAUACAAGAACAAACAGUUUCUCUGUCAACCACAAAUGUGAAGUUGGUGUUGGGCAUUUUUACCUCUUUAAACAAUUUUAGUUUAAGCUUAGUCAUAUCUUGUUCAAGCAUACUGUAAUUAUUUACAUAUAGGUCACUUUUGAUUUAGAAAUGUCUGUAUUAAAAUAUGUUUGCCAGGGACGUUCUUGUAGUAGUGUUCUGAUGAAGUUAUGAAAAAAUCAAAAUUGAGGAUAAAACUAUUGUUUGAAGAAGACGUUUUAGUUCAAAGAGAUAUUUGGAACAAAUUUGCCUGUCUUUCAUGUGUAUGUAAUACAGCAAAAUCUCUGCUUAAUGAAUGUCUGUGGAAAUGGCUUUUCUUACACUAAAUUGAGGUUUUCAUUAUAUAGAUGUUCUGAUAAAUAACAUGAAGAAAUUUCAUCUUUUUAUAAGGCAUGUGUAUAUAUUAUGAUAAUAUGAAGGCUGUUCGAAUGGAACACACAUGUUAGAGACUUCAAGAAAGCACUACAGGGCUAUUAGUUCAGGUCUGAUGAAGAUGUGAAGGUUCAGUGAUGGUGGUUCUGGCAGCAGCCCAGGUAGUUCUUGCAGAGGGAGCCAUCAUCAGGUAUGUCAGUGGGAUACCUGCCUCAGUGUCCAUGGGGACCAGUCAUAGCAGCCUCUACUCCUCUCACCAGAAUAAUCCUUGAACAGGUUCCAUUUGAACAACCUUCAGUUUGUAAGUUUUGAGGUUUUCACGGCGAUGACAAUGAAGAAAGUCGUCUUCUGGGUUUAGGCGCCGUGU